UCAUCAGAUUCCAACCAGAAACCACGCCCCUCCUCUUUUAAAUCUCAACGACACUCUGUAAAUCCCUUUCAACUCUACAGGGAACCCAAAGUGACAUGGAGAAACCUGCUGAAUACAAGAAGAAAGUUAUAGCAGUGGUUGGUGGUGGUUUGGUUGGAGCUCUGAAUGCCUGCUUCUUCGCCAAAAGAGGCUUUCAUGUGGAAAUCUUUGAAGCAAGAGAAGAUAUUCGGAAGGCCAAUAUCGUGAGAGGGAGAAGCAUCAACCUGGCUUUGUCUCAUCGUGGCCGACAGGCUCUGAAACAUGUUGGACUGGAAGAGAAGAUUGUCUCUAAGGGGAUUCCCAUGCAUGCAAGAAUGAUCCAUUCACCGAGCGGGAGACAAUCCCAGCUCCCGUACGGGACGAAAGGCCAGUACAUCCUGUCUGUAGACCGAGCCAAUCUGAACAAAGAGUUGUUAACAGAGGCGGAGACCUACGCUAACACAAAGCUGAACUUUAACCACAAGCUGCAAGACUGGAGCACUGAAACAGGGCUAAUGACCUUUGCCAGGUUGGACGGAUCCAAGGCUCAGGUUCAGGCAGAUCUGAUUGUAGGCUGUGAUGGAGCUUUCUCUGCAGUAAGAAAGCAGUUCCUCCGUCGCACUCGAUUCAACUACAGCCAGACGUACAUCCCUCAUGGCUACAUGGAGCUCACGAUGCCACCCAACAAUGGAGAGUUUGCCAUGAAGCCUAAUUACCUGCACAUCUGGCCACGAAACACAUUUAUGAUGAUUGCCCUACCCAACCUGGACAAGACUUUCACCUGUACGCUCUUCAUGCCCUUUGAAGACUUUGAGAAGAUCACCACAGGAGACAAAGUCAUUGAGUUUUUCCAAAAUUACUUCCCUGAUGCCAUCCCACUAAUCGGAGUUGACGCUCUCAAGCGAGAUUAUUUUCGACUACCUGCACAGGCCAUGGUGUCUGUUAAAUGCUCUCCUUACCACAUUGAUGACAAAUGUGUCCUCAUGGGAGAUGCAGCCCAUGCUGUCGUGCCUUUCUAUGGGCAGGGCAUGAAUGCUGGCUUUGAGGACUGCAUUGUCUUUGACGAAAUAUUGGAUCAGCUUAAUGAAGACAUUGGUGCUGUGCUGCCUGAGUUUUCCAAAGUGCGGGUUCCAGAUGAUCAUGCCAUUGCAGACCUGGCCAUGUACAACUAUGUUGAGAUGCGAGCGCAUGUCAACUCCAGAUGGUUCCUUUUCAGAAAACAUGUGGAGACCUUUCUUCACCUCAUCAUGCCAAAGAAAAUAAUUCCACUUUAUACAAUGGUCACUUUUACUAGGACCAGAUAUCAUAAAGUUGUCGAGCGCUGGCACUGGCAGGAGAAAGUGAUAAACCGUGGCCUGGCGUUCAGUGCUGCAGGGGCUGCUUGUGGAGGUGUCUACCUGCUCAUUAAACAUCCUCCAAAUAUCAGUAAGAUUGUCGUCCCUGCAGAGAAAAUAUGGAGCAUGCUUUUGGCUCUUCAGACCCCUGAGUGGUGUCAUCGUCUCACAUCCGACUGACAGCUGCAGCGGCUGGAGCUUAAAACAAGAGGAUUUAAUUGGAGUCAAAUGUCUAGUUCACAGUGAAAGCUUUGCCCAAAUAUAUUAUGUAGCUUUGUAGAAAUCCAGCAACGUCAUUUGUCCACAGCCCGUCUUAGCAAUGUCAUAAGUCAACAGACAUUUAAGUGUCUGUCAGGUUUCUUCUGCCAGGAAUUCUGUGUGCUCCUCCAUACCAAAACAAUUCUCUGUUUACCCUCUCUAGCUACACCAUCUGGAUGUACAGUCUUAAUAACCUCCUUCCUGCUUUGUAGCCUGGGGAGACUAUUUUCUCUUCUAAUGAAAUAAUUCUUAUUCUGUUUCAUAAAAUGUUUUUUUUCACUCUACAGGUUGUUUUGUCAUAUUCAUACACUGAAUGUUUUAUUAAAAGUGAUUUGAUGCUU